CUGAUAACUCAAUAUCGCAUCUUCCUUAGUCACCGCUAUCAGGGUCACCUCUGACGACGUCCUCAAGAUGGAAAAGACUCUGCACGGCGACCCAUCGUCAGACACGGUGAAGGACGUCGACCAUUUCGAAGGAAUCUCAGACGCAGAGAAAAUCAUCCUUGAAGGGACUGUCUGGAGGAAGUUGGACCUAUGGGUGCUCCCCGUCUGCACUAUCUUCUAUCUCCUUUCUUUCCUUGACCGGAGCAAUAUCGCAAAUGCUCGGGUUGCUGGCAUGCAGACCAGUCUCAAGAUGACCAAUCACCAAUACAGUAUCGCUCUGACUAUGACAUAUGUCCCGUACAUCGCAGCAGAAUUCCCUUCGAACAUGCUGUUGAAGUAUGUGGGACCACGGUGGAUGCUGCCAACCAUGGUCACGAUAUGGGGCCUCGUGGCAACUAUGCAGGGCAUGGUGAAGAGUUACUCGGGUCUGCUUGCCUGUCGAUUCUUCUUGGGUCUCAUGGAAGGUGGUCUGUUCCCUGGUCUUGUGCUUUAUAUGUCUUUCUUCUAUCCAAGAGAGAGAUUGCAGAUCAGGGUUGCCACGUUCUUUGCAUCUGCGUCGCUCUCCGGCGCAUUUUCUGGUCUGCUGGCAGCUGCCAUAAUCAACAUGAACGGGAUAGGUGGGAGGCCUGGAUGGGCUUGGAUUUUCAUUCUUGAAGGCAUCUUUACAUUUUUGUUUGGAUUGACAGCCUUUUUUACCCUCCCCAACUCCCCGUGCACCGCGCGCUUCCUCUCUACGAAGGAACGUAACUAUGUCAUGGCUAAAUUGAGGGAGGAUGGUGCUAUUGCUGGUGACGACAAGAGCGAUAGCUUCAGUUGGACUGAGGUGAUUCGGUGUUUCCAGUCAAUUCACGUUUGGCUGUUGGCACCUGUCCUGUUUUUCAUCGGUACAACAUUGCUUGGCCUUGCCUACUUUGAGCCCACAAUCGUCGCCGGCCUGGGUUACACGGGUAUUCAAGCACAGCUGAUGAGCGCGCCACCCUUUGCGGUUGCGUUUGUAGUCUCCAUGAUCACCGCAGUGAUAUCGGAUCGGUACAAAUGCCGUGGCUUUAUGCUCAUCUUCUUCUCGGUUUGUAACCUUGUCGGAUUCAUCGUGUUUUAUGCGAGCAAAUCAAAUCAUGUGCGUUAUGCAUCACUCUUCCUGACCGUCUGUGGGUCGUACUGCGGUGCUCCGCCGAUCAUCACCUGGGUAGCAAACAACAGCGCACCACACAUCAGACGGGCAACCUCGGUCGCUAUUGCGUUCAUUAUGACCAACUCUGGUGGCAUCCUGGCCACUUGGCUUUUAGGUUCCUUGUCACCCGCACCCGACUAUACAAAAGCUACGAUCACCUUCAUCAUUAUGUCAGUGGGCAUGGUAGUGUUCUCUAUCACCACCCUCGCGUACCUUUGGCAUCAGAACCGCUUAAAGGCCGACAGGCGGCAGUGUAGCACCUCUGAGGAUGAACCUAAAGGUCUGGGCGAUCAAAGUGCUUGGUUUAUCUACAAUUUGUAGUAUUAUACCUGGAGUAAAAGGGACUUGUCACGUAUACGUUACCCCUGGUUACGAUAGAUAAUUUAUUCAUGGUUCUUCUUGUUUGCUUUCUGCGAGGUCGGUAUGUCGCUACCAGUAUUGUAGGCAUGCUUGCCACGUUGUCAUCAUGAAAAUGAUCUGAGCUGCGGCGAAAAAGGGGAGUAUUUGCAGUUCAUUAUACAGUACUCCAAGUGGCAAAAGGAUCUGCCCCAGUGAGGCUCGAACUCACGACCUUCCGAU